GCCUUUCUGCCUCUUGCUGAACAGUGAUCCAGGUGGAUGCCCCUGUUACUGAGUCUUCCAGCCAAAUACCGAGACGAUAUGACAGCCCGUUUUCUCCAAAAACUGGGCUGUUAUGGAAGAAUCACUGAAACGCCAACAGUAUUCGACAUUAGCUGUACUCCGACAUUUUACAUGUUGUAAUAUUGCACGCUUUCCACGCCGCUAAGCUAAUAACACACUAUCUGCAUUGUAAUUCAAGCGGCGGCACUGCAGAGGGCGCUCUCCUUGGUAAAUGCAUAAAACUAUUUAUGUAUGAACUGACCCAGUGUCAGAUAUGUUUGCCCUCGAAUAUUAAACGAAUUAACCGAAUUUGUGUAAGAACUGAUCUGGGAGCAGCCAACAACCAAACGUGACAUACGUUGGAGGAGGAACCGCGCGCCGGUGAAAGACGUUUGUUUUUAUUUUAAGGACGGUGUGUAAGGGCGGUGCUUCUCUGGUUUAUUACAGUUGAGCGAUUGCCACCCACUCGGUGAACUUUGUUGAACAAAACAUAGUGACGAGCUGUGAAAUUGCAUUCAGAGCAGAGGAAUUUUGGUGAAAAACCCAAGCCAAGCCCCCUCUUCAGUUUACCUCCACAUCAACGCGUCGACUUUAGCAGAGCCUAACGGUGGAGCAGAACUGUAUUUAUAACAGACUCAACAGUGAACCCUGGAAGUGACAGGAACACGUUUGGAGGAUGAAGAAUUAUUCGAGCUUGAUGUGAAAAUCUUUCCGGCAAGAUGUGAGAUGAACCGGGAGAAAUCAGCGACCGAGGCCAACGACAUCAUGUUGGUCCGGGGCUCGGUAAGAAGUGCGCUAGCUGGGUUUGUUAGCACUGUCGGCUAAUGUGGUUCACAUGAAACGCGUAAUUAUAACAUACAGCUGAAUAGCUGACAUGUACUGGACAGUGAAAGACAGACAGUUGUGUAAUAACUCAAGUGUCACUCUCAUUGUAAGUUGUUAGUAGUCCUUAAUGUACUGUUUUGACACUCCGUCAGUUAGCACACCAACCAUUACAUAAAUCAGUUUACCGGCAGUCUGGUUGUACUUUGGGGUUAUGUUUGUGUCAGGUGAAGAUUUACACCGUUUACUGGAUACUUAGACUCAUUCACUACCUUUCUGAACAUUUAAGUCCUCAGGUUUAACCUGGAAAUAACCCUGACGUUAGUAUUAAGGAAGCAAGAUUUUGAUCCAGAACCACUUAACCUACCCCGUUAGACCUUUACUACAGUACCUUAAAGAGUCUACACACGUAUUGAAACACAAUUUACAUUACUGAAAUAGUCAUUCAGAUUUGAAAAUGCAUAAAAUGCGAUUUCACAAGUGUUUUCCUGUGUAGAUCACAGGAGACCGGAUCCUGAUUCAAUACUACAUUAUUAAGUCACGUCACAUCAGACCAUAUUGUUGUAAAGAGACUACCCCCCCCCCCCAAAAAAAAAAAAAAAUGUCUCAAGCUGGGGAAACCUCAAAUAUACUUUACAGCAUAAUUUUAACAGUUUUUCUGUGUAGAUCACAGUAGACCAGAUCCUGAUCCUUGUGAGAAGGACUACAAACUUCUAUAAACCCGGUUUCUGAUCCAUAUCUCCUGUAUGCUCUUGGAAAAGAGGCAGAAAUUGUGAUUUCACCCUUUAGUUUACCUGCAGACCACAUCAGACUGUGCACCCAUCCAAUACUUGUCAGAUCAGGACCAGACUAUCUGGGGCUGACUAAGGACAUUUUUUAACUUGUGGAACAUUUAGUCUAUUUGUUGAAAUGAAAAAAAGGACAUUUCACUCAUUUUCUACCUGUGCACCACAGUAGACCGGAUCCUGAUCCACAACCACAAGACUUGAAAUGUCUGGAUAAGAUCAUAUUUAAGUGACUACAGAAUUAUUCAAACAUAAUUUUCAGAUUGGUGAAACAUUUACUCUAUUUGUGAAUAUGCAGAAAAAGGCUUUCCCUCCUUUGUUUACUUGUGGACCACAUGAGAGUAUUUUGUGGUCCAAUACCCCAUUAGUAGACCUGUCAGAUCCAGACUAGUCUAUCUUCAAGAGUCUCCAGAUUCAUUCAAACGCAGUUUCAGAUCUACGAAACCCUUAUUCUUUUUGUGAAAAAGCAGGAAAGAGCUGUGUCUCUUUGUUUUAAAGAGUCUAAAGCUUACCAAGAAUGCUCUGGACCAGUUAAAGUGAUUCUGGAUUAGGACCCAGUCCAUCAUAGUCCAGAAAAACUGCAGUCACAGUGCUCAUGUUGAUUCUUUAUGAAUGGACUAAAGGUCAAACAAAUCUGCAACUGUGUUUUAUAGAGUUUGUAAUUUAGUCUAGAAUCAUGUAGUCUAGAUCACACACGUCUCAGUAUUGUCAUUGUUGAUCAGGUUUUCAUUGUAAUCUAGACAGGAAAGAGCAGUGAAAUUGCCCUUUUUUGCAUUAAUGGAUGUAGAUUAAGGAUUUCACUCUACUGUAAGGAGUCUGUAUUCUCUCUAGAACAAUCUGUUCCAGAUCUAACAAGUCUAGGUGUACAGGUUUGAAUUAGGACCUUGUUUCCUUCAGCAGCCUUGUUACAACUAAACUAGAGGCUGUAAAUCAGGUGCUAACUUGAGCGCUGUUACCUGGGGACAGUUUGUUCUCACCUGAAGCUCAGUUAGUAAGUGUCUUUUAAGCGUUAUUGAAGAAGCAACAUGAUUUUUCCUGUGUUGUGGUCUGUGUUUUUGCACUAUGGCACAUUAUUAGAAUAGUCUAAAUUUGUGUAGAUGAAACCAGAAAACUAAUUAUUGAUCGAUUAAAACAAUAAAGGAGUGGAAUUGACUCCAUGGCAUUGACAUUCUGUCAAGAAACAGACUGCGGUUAUUCACCUCCUCAUGAAAUCUCUGUAGUUCAGUGUAAUAUAGGCUAACAGACAAAAAGCGAUCACUGCCUCACUUUACUCAACUGCACCUUUUCUAUAUUCUCUUUGGAUUAUGAAUCACCAAUUCAGAUAACUACACCGAGUUACUUAACUUCAGCAGUUCUUGUAACCUCACCCAGUGAGCAUGAUACAAGCCCUCUAUGACUGUAGACAUCAUUCAUAAGACUGUCACAACAUGUAGAAAUGUUCACAAUGAGACACAAGUCCUUCUCCUGAAAAAUUCUGUGAUAUCCAUGUCAUCACUUCUGCCCUUGAAUAUAACCUGGCGCAGUCUCCCACAAACUCUUCCCCACUUUAAAUUCUGUCAGGCAUCUAACAGGGAAAAGUUUGGGUGAAGUAAAAAGGCUGUAAAAACAGCACAUGCAUGUGAAGAGGAGCACGAAUACAAAACACAAACUUUUCACUUCAACAUGUGGUCUGUUUAGAUCCCACAUAAGAAUGAACCCCACAGUAGGGAUGGGUGAUAAAUUAUCGUUCACGAUAUAUCAUCAGAAAACUCCCAUGAUAAAUAUUUGCUAUCUGAUGAUUAAUAUGAUAAAUACAAGUUGAUGACAUAAGCGUGAGCGAGGGACUCGCAGCCAUAGCCAACACAGAGCAGAAUAACAAAAAAGCAUGGCCAAAAGUGGUGAAGAAGACUUCUCUGAGCAGCUCGUAACUGAACCAGGCGCCUCAUGAGGGAUUUCCUUCAAGAUUGGGGUUUAGAUGAGUGCAAUCAGGUAUACCUGACAUCAAACAGUGGAUCUGCUGCUGCUGUUCACUCUGUGAAAUCAGAGUUUUCAAUAAAUGUUGAAAAUGUUUUCACAUAUGUUUGAUAUUGUUUGAUCUCAUUAGUUUUCUCUAUAACCUACCACUUAAACUUGUGGUUAAGUAUCGUAUUUGACGACUACAACUGGUGUUCUCAAGACAAAAUGAGUCAAAAAUAGAGAUUGGAAUUAUAAUAUUUUUAUAGGGACUUUUAUCAUUAUCGCCAGAAUGGCAAAUCUUAUCGUGAUAAAUUUUUUAGCCCAUAUCGCCCAUCCCUACCCCACAGGUAGAAAAAGAGGAAGCCUGUGCACAGCGCAGGUAUAGAAAACGCAGUGAAAAACAUCAACAUUUGACCUCAUGUUUUUAGCAAUGAAGGCUAAAUGAACAAGAUUUUUUAAAAACGAAAGUUUCCUCUGAAUACUCCUGUCUGUAUUUUUACUCUGGGUCAUUUUAUGGAAGAUGGUUAUUGAAAAUUGUUCCUGUCAACAGUCUGGUCAAAUGAUAGAAAACAUAAAAGGAUCAGGCAGUGAUGCUUUCUCUCUCUGCUCUGCUCUCUGUCCUCCUGCAGCAGAUAUAAAGGUGUGUUUUUAUUAGAUGCCUCAAGGACCUAACAAAUAUCAGUGUUUGCUGAGCUGUAAAUGAGAUUUAGUGGCGUAGUGGUUGUGGAUGGGGUUGUGGCGGAGGGUGGAGCAUAGACACACGACUGGCAAGUGCGCAGAGGAGAAACUUAAGUUCUUAAGAGUGUAACUGCUGUGAAACAAACAGCUCGACUAACUUUCUUGACUCUGGCUGUUUUGUUAAUUUUAUCACUUAUGUUAUAGUGGUAUUGCUCGUAUAAUAAGCAUUGGUGCCUAUAACCAGCAGACAGUGCUUCAUUUUUGUGCCUGUGGGAUUGAAAGUAUUACGGCAAAGUUCCACAGGAUCCGGACGCCACAGCACAAUGCAUCAUUUCAGUGCAGAGCAGCACCAGCUGCAGCCAAAGUUGUAUGCAACUACAGAGUAAAAUACCUGGUUAAUUUUCAAAAUAAAAUAAAGUCAAUAUGUUGAACUGUUCUUCACGUGAUAAUGGAAGGGGCCAGGGUUGUGGGAUGUGGGUGUUUCUAUACACCGCCGAACUCAUUCAAUGUCUCACAGUGAAACACGUGAGAUCUCGUCCAGCCUCGUAAAAAAUAUCAGUAAUAUCGCAAGCACUUCCCCUCCGCUUGCAGUAGCAGAUCGGAUCCGGUGGGUGCUGUAUGCUUGCAUUUUUGAUCUGCCUGCCAUUCUGGAUCGUAGCGGAGCGGAUCUGCAUGCGGUGGAAUAAGGAUAUUGAAAAUUGUGACAACCUUACCUCAGCAGGAGGUGCAUUUGUACACCAUCAUUUGUUUUCAGAUCAACCCUUAGUCUUCAAAGUUGCUCACACAAGUAAAUAAUCAUUAACUACAUAAGUAAAUAAUGACUAACUGACAUGUUAUUGAAUACCUCUGUAUGUCCUUUGUAUACGUUUUGCAUUCAGUUCUGCUCAAGAGUAUCAAACAUGGAAAUAGAAGCCCUGAAAUGGAGCAGCUUUAUUUACAGAAUGCUUCUACUGUGGUUAUCUGUGUGAGCAACACAAUGGAAAAUAUGAGCCACUUCAUACAGACACCCUGCAGAUGACCGUAAACUUGUCAGUGGUGAUCUGUAAAGUCCAAAAAUCUAUAGAGAAGUUGUGAUACCGUCAUCCUCAGAAAGUUCAUGCAGCAGCUGUUAUUCUUAAAGAGGAGGGUUGUUAGUUUGAAUAUCACUGAUAUUGUCUGAUAAGAAGCAAAUGUCUCAAAUAUAUCCAAUUAAAAAUAACAUGAAGCCGACAAGCACAAGGGUACUCAGAUUGAGAGGGUAGUGUGUUUGCACAGUGAAUGGCUAAGGCAUUAGAAAAUGGUUUCAGAUUCAUUUCCUGUCUGAAGUAGUUUCAUUUAGACUUCAGAUUCAUGUCGACUUUUAUUCUCCUAUAAACUGAGCAGGGCCCGCAGAAAGUGGCAGCACGAAGAGCCAAAACCCUUCCUCUUUAUUGCUGUCUCUCUCUGCUGUCGUGAAAUCCUGUGUGACCACAUCCUGCUUUACCUUUGAAGCUACAACACUGUGUGCUGAACACUAGUCAAUGUGCUGGAGUUUGAGACAGAUUUAGAGCGUCAGGUCUAUUGUCGUAACUUUAAAGGUUACACUGCAGUUUAGAUGUUCCAGUGGAAACAACAAGAUCAGACUUUCUCUGCCGUUAAGUCACGUAAAGGAGUGAUGGUGGUCAAGCUGCUUGUGUCUAUCUUCAACAGGUCUUUUUCACUCUUCAUGGUAAGGAAGCCGUGUUGGUUUCAUGAACACUCAGCUGAAAAUCCUUUGUUAGUCUGUCCAGUUUACACUUUGAUCAAUUGUUAAAUGAAAACCUCAUCAUUAAACAUAGUGAAUUUAUAGCCUCAACUGCAGGGAACUGAUACAAGCCAGAGAUGAGGAUUUUUUUUUUUGCUUGCAAGAGUUAACUCCAAAAUAAAAAUGACAAAUACAUGCACUUUAUGCUAAAGAGAGAGGGAUCUAUGGCACAGGCCUACCUGACUGUUGGACACAUGAAAACUGUUCUAUCAUCCCACCAAAAACAGACACAACACAUAGGUUUUCAGUACAGUCAACAUUUAAAGACGGAGGCACAUCAUUUAUGGUUUGGAGCGAUUAUGGGAUCAAGUGUUUGUCUUGUUUUAUGUCUGUUGGUUCAACAAAUAGACGUCAUACUCAGGGGAGCAGAAGAAACUUUGUGUACUUUAUUAUGGGAAGGGCUAUAAAUCAGAAUCAGCCAAAGUGAGUUUGAAAACAUCAGCAUGCCAGAGAUCUGCAAAAAUCCAAUAAUGUGCAUUCCCAAUAUGAUUAUGAUAUUAUUAUCCAGUCUUAGCUUUACUGAGUACCUUUCAACACUUUUGCUCUUGAGGAGAUUUGGCAUCUUGGGCUCAGCAGGUGAAUUAACAUUCACUGGGGAAAGGACAGGACUUCAAUGUUUAGGCUAUUACAGGUCAGGUCCUCGGAUCAGUGCUGCUUCUCUUGCUUUUAUGGCAGUGAGUUUUUCAGCCCAGGAAAUCAGAACUUUUCUAAUCCUGGAGUAACCUUCAGCUCAAAUAAGCAGGUCAUGGUCCCACUGAAAUGUGCUUUUGUCUUCAGUUUAAGAGGAAGGUCAGCUGUUGACAGGUCUCGUCCCAGGAUGAGCAGUUAAUGAGUCUGAUGGAAGUUGGCACAAAGUUUGGCACGGGCCAUUUUAUCUUAAACUGGGGAGAUCUGUAGUGAUUCUGGAGUAUGCAAGGUUUCCAGUCCUUCUGCUGUCGAAGCUGCCCAAGGGUUCCAGGUCCUGUCCAUUGAUUCCACUGCUUAAAUUGAGGGUUUUGCCAAGAGGGUUGAGGUGUGCAGGUGCACUCAAAAAAAGAUCUAGACAGUCCUGAAAAAGAGAUUUUAGAGACCCGUCAUGCUUCGUCUGCUGAGAAGCUUUCUGGAAAUACAGAUUUCCUUUGUCACCUGCCCACAGCUCCAAAACUACCAGUAACUGGUUACCAAAUUUGGUAUUACUGUGCUUGAUUGGCCAGCCAACUGACCUGACUUGAACCCCAUAGAGGAUCUGUCUCAUAAAUCAGGUUUUUGGAUUGGUGUUUUGUAAUAUUCUGAGGUUUUUGUGAGCUGUAACUAUCAAGAUUCAAACAAAAAAAAUCUUGAAAUAUUUUACUUUGCUUUUGAUGAAUCUAGAAUAAAUGGAAGUUUCACUUUUUGAAUUAAAUUGUGGGAAAUGGUGAACUUUUUAGGACAUUCUAACUUUCUGAGCUGCACCUGUGUAUUGGAUGGAUGGUUUUAAUAAUGAUUCACCUAUAGACAGCAAGUUCUACUGACUGGCACAUACCCAGGCUGAAGAAAAGUUUCUUAAAUCUUUAUUAUCAUUAUCAAAGCCUGGUGGGGGUCAAAGCAGCUGAAUCUGAGAGUGACUCUCCUGUUAGUGGAUCAAACAUGAACCUGAAGUUUGUUUGGCUCUCACUGGAGAAACACAGAGAGAACAGCCACAGACUGUUGAUGGCUAAUGCACAGUUUGACAAAAAUGGAAUCAAGGGGUGACAUGUUGAGAAAUCUCAGGGACCCAGCCUCUAUCAAAGAAAUUGUUCAAAUAUUUUGGGGGGCUUAUAUUUGGGGUCUUGAAAAGGUUGAAAAAGCUUUAAAAUGGACUUCAAAACUAGCAGUGACCCUGAGCAAGCUCCCAGUCAACAUGACGACGAAACUGCCAGUAGGAAAUGAGGAGAUGAGUUUAAACAGGAUGUCAGGUUUUUAUUUCCCACAGAUGAAUAGUUAAUGCUUCUGUUCUCCCCGCAGCACGGCCGCGGCCGGGCCAGAGUGACUCAUGCAGUGGUGGUGAUCUUUCUGGAGUUCUUCGCCUGGGGACUGCUUACCACACCCAUGCUGACAGUGAGUGAAAACACCUGAUUACCAGCAUCAACACACAACAUCAUAGCACUCCAUAAAAUAAAGACAAGGUCACGGUUUACCUGCAGAUUUAACCUCUCCUCAAAACAAUCUCUGCAUUCUUUAGUUCAUUCUGUUACUGGAGGAUACAUUUCAAAGGUUUGUUUAUUCAGCGCUCACAUGGUAUUUUAACAUUUCAAGUUUGUGAUUAAUCUGACUUAAGUUGUCACGUGGCUUUAGCAAUCACAAUCAGUCAAAGUAAGUUUUCUCUAAAAUCAAAGUCUGUUAUAUUUGGUUUCAGGAAGCGUUAGUUGAAGACCGACAAGGAAAAAUGUGAAUGUGUCCUUGAACUGAACAGAUGAUAACAAGCAAACAAGACUAUGGAAAACAAUACCAGCACUUCAAAUUCAAAGCAACAGCCCUCUGUGCUGCAUUUUCUAUCAUAAAAUAUGGGAAUAUAAUCUGAUUAUGUUGUAUUAUUGUUUUUUGUUGUGUGCUGAGAAAUUUUAAUCUAUCACAUGAAAUUGACCCGUGACACAGCCCUUGUUGUGUGCAGCAGCAUUUCGGGGAAGUUAAAGAUAAACAGAAGAUGUAUCAGGUGUUUGCCCUCUCUUUGUGUGAAAUUGCCAGUCAUGUUACCUGUCCCAGAUUGUGCUCGAAAACUAGCACACUGUGACAGGUGAGGAGACAAGGUCUGAAAUGAACUCUGAAGACUCACUGACUGAGCUGGCAGGUAGACUUUCCCUAUCUUGUAUUGGUCCACAAUAAUACAUAAGGUUUUUGUAUUACACCCACAUUUGUAACAAUGCAUUUUCAUAAAUAGUGACGUGCUGAAUACAAAGUAAAAGAGUGAGCAAAAGCAAACUCUGAAGCCAGAUCACUGUUUUUGAUCAGCUUUUAAUUCAAGUCUAAACAGGAAUCCUAUAAAGUCUUGUUUGCAUCCCUCUGUGUGUGUCAGUGCUUCUUUACAUUCGUCAGCCUGCACCUGCGUAGCUCUAACAUGCAGACAGCAGAGAUGCAGCAGCACUAGAAAAUGCUCCUGUCUGUCCUGUCUUGGAUGACAGGCUAGGUAACACUGAAAGAAACAGCCUUAGUUACUUUUAUCUACAGCUAACAUACAUGGUAGGUGAUACAUUCAGAAAAAUAAUAUAGACAACAGGAGGAAGCUUUCUGUCUGUAAAUAGCGUUGUACAGGCCCAAGACAAAAUCAGUUAUCACUUUGACCACAGGGGGCGCCAAAGGGGCUUUAAAUAACGAGUAUUUUAUGGUCAAGUGGUGCAUUUUACCAACCAAAGGGAUUGUCUGCACACACUUCUCACCUGGUGGGCGUGAAUGUCUCAGUCAGGACCCAGUGAGCAGAUGAAUCUGAAAGCUUUCUUUCAUUAUCCCAUGUAGACAACUUAGCCUCUGUGUUUUAUUGUGGGAAAAUUGUUUUAGCUACUGUGAGGAACUUUCAGUUUGGAUCAGCUUUAGCUCCCCCUGUGGACAUAGCAGACUUAGUGUGUCUUGUUCUCUAGUAUUGAUGUUAAACAAAAAAUCCCAUCCUGCUGAGUUUUGACGGUCAAAUGUGGUGUUAAUUGUUAAUAUCUCAUGUAGAAAUGUAAAAUCAGGGCUGUUUGUCCAGCUGCUCUAUGGACAUACACUACAGGCCAAAAGUUUGGAAGCAAGGCCAUUACAGGCCGAACAGUUGGGAGUAACUUCAAGUUUUUGUUAACAAUGCUUUUUUUUUAAAUCCAGCAUGAGUUUGAUGUAUUUUGGGAUGUAUUUACUCCAUGAUCAGAUGUUGCUUUCAUGGAAAUGCACCAUUUUACUCCAUUUACCUUUAGAUAUACAUUGAUGUUAACAGACCAUUAUCAAAUAUACUGUAUGUCAGCAAAAGAUAAUAAGGGCUUAGUUUUAGGGUUGAAAACAUUUGCAAAAGUCACAACUUCAGUACAAAAGCAAAAAACAAGUCACAGUUGGAUUAUUCACUUGAACUUUUUGGCUUUGAGAGUCUGCAUACAAAAAUCCUAAUAAAUCUCAACUACGUUCAAACUACCGCAAAAAUGGCUAGAAAGAAGCAACUGAGUAAAGAAACAAAAGUGCAGAUUUGUACAUUGAGGAAAGAAGGAUACGCAGAAAGAGAAAUUGCAAAAUGCCUAAAGGUGUUUAACAAAGGAGUCCACUACACUCUGAAGAGACGAGAGGAACCUGGAAGUUAUGAUGAUAGAAAAAGAUCUGGACGAAAGAGUUACUACAAAAGCAGAGAAUAAACAUAGCAUUGUCACCAGUAAGAGAGAUCGGCAAAAGACAGCACCACAAAUAAGUGAGGUAGGCCUGUCGCGAUAAUCAAUAAAUCGCCUUAUCGCUCGAUAAAUAUAAACGAGGUCGGUCAUUUUGCCAGCCUUGAUAAUUGACGUGCGUUUGUUUUCCUCCUCUCUCGCUACCAAACACGCUGGAUGAGAGAAGAGGUCUCACUCUGCGCAUUGUUCUCGGCACCUGGGGGCGUUGGCUCUAUAGCGGAAUGAACGGAGUUAGUGAACCCUCCUGUCAGUCAUUCAGUGUCUUUGUCACGAGGGGGCUGGCGCGCACAGGCACACAGACACAGACUUUUGGAUACAGUGCUGCAAGUGAGCAUCGUGAGUGAAAAGCAAGCUAACAGAAUGAACACGACAGCUUUGGUGUCUAAACCGAACGCAACAGCCCAAGUGUGGGAAUAUUCCGGCUUUAAACCAGUUUUGUUUUCGUCAACCACAAAACUCCACGUGUGUGUGUGCGCGCGCGUGCGUGUGUGUCUGUGUGUUGGAGGAGCACAGCAGGCUGAUGAGAGCUGUCAGAGCGGACUGAAGCUGCUCCUAUAUGUUUAGCGUUUAACUGACUGAGUUUUGCAACUCUGUUCGUCAUUUUCGUCUCGUCCCAUCAACGUAAACGCACUUUCGUCUCGUCACAUUUUAGUCAUCUCCGACUUAUGUUUAGCUCGUCAACGUUACGUCUUCGUCGUGGGAGAAAAGGGAAAUAUUUUAGUCAACGAAAACAACCAGUGUUGUUCUCGUGUGGAAAUUAAAGUUUAUCACUUUUGACAUGGUGUACUCGCAUUAUUAUGCCAUAUAAUAUCAUUAUCUAUAAUUUAAAAAAUGGUGUCAAUAAUAUCGUUUAUCGGCGAUAAUUUGUAGCACAAUUAUCGUCCAGCAAAAUUUGUUAUCGUGACAGGCCUAAAGUGAGGAAAUCAACAUGACAAGGUCGAAACCCAUAUCUCUGACAACCGCGAAAUGAUGUUUGAGAAAGGCUGGUCUGAAGGCUUGUGUAUCUGCAAAAAAACACUACUUCGUUCACAGAACAAGAAAAAGAGAUAUGAGUGGGCAAAAGCUCACAAAAAUUGGACUUAUGAUGACUAGAAACAAGUUUGCACUGUUUGGUUCAAAACGCAGAGUCUAUGUCCACAGACAAACUGGGAACAUCUGAAAGCACCAUGUGUUACACCCACAAUUCAGCAUGGAGGUGGUAGUUCCAUGGUAUGGGGAUGUUUUGCAGGUGAUGGAGUAGGAGAUUUGUUUGAAGUAAAGGGUAUCAUGAAGAAGGAACAGUACCACUCCAUCCUCCAGCACCAUGCUGUUCCAUCUGGACUCAGACUUGUGGCUCAUAAGUUUGUUUUGCAGCAAGACAAUGACCCUAAGCACUCUGCCAAGCUCUGUCAGGGUUACCUAGACCAAAAAGGAGAGGAAGGUGCUCUUCAAAAGAUGGUUUGGCCCCCUCAGUCUCCAGACCUUUCUCCAAUUGAGCUUGUGCGGAAUGAAUUGGAUCAGUGGGUCAGAAAAACGCGUCCCACGAAUCAGCAGUGUCUUUUUAAUGAACUUAAGAAAGCUUGGAAUUCAAUCCCUGGAACAUACCUUAGAAAACUUGUGGAAGGAAUGCCUGAUAUAUGCCAAGCUGUUGUUAAAGCCAGAAGAGGUUACUUCAAAGAAAGCAAAGUCUAAGCAACAAUAACUGAAAUACCUAAUAAUUAUAGUCCAAAUUUCUUCUGAUACGUUACUCUUUACACAGUAGUCAUGUUUAUUGUGUUGCAAAUUAUAUAUGCAACUAUGAUCCUUUUUUUUUUAACAAAUCUGAUCUUGCUUUCAAAAUUUUGGCCUGUAGUGUAAUUCCUCCUGAAUCAGUUUCAGACAUUGAAAAUUAACGUAUAUAAAAUUGUCAGUCUUGUCGCUGAUCGUCUAUUUUGCUUUUGGCUAUCGUAAAAGGACAUCAGUCUAUUUCAUGAAAGUAAAAAAUGUCCUCACAGGAGUUUUAAAAACAGACCACAGUUCUUCUACAGGUGGUCCAGUCCAGUGAGGGAUCUUAAAGGUAAAUUUAUCAGGUUUGUAAGGUUCAGAGAACUCAUGAAAGAGAAUCACUAAAGUGUCACGUAAAAUUACCUCGUUAUGUAACAACGUCAAUCAUCAGGAAUGUGGCCUGGCAAAUAUUUGAAUGGCUCGUGUUCGGGGUUGUUUUCAGUACAAGAUGUUUUGUCACAGUGUGAUCGAAUCAAUGACUGACGAAUAAUCCACAUGUGUCAGCACUUUUACAAGUAGAACAGAAAUCCGGCCGUAAGAGUCUGACCUGAGAAGUUUUAGAAUGAAACCGAUCUAUCAGCUGUUCUCUGAGAUUAGGUGACCAUGCACAGUAAACCCAGUCAGCAAAUCUCAUGUAGGGCAGCUGAACACCAUGAGAAACCAGAGCUUAUUUGAAAUCCACAGGAGAAACACUCAACCAUGAGUAUAAACUCAACUAUCAAUUCUGUUCGAUUGAGGUGGGUCACUACAUCUGCUUUACAAACACAGGAUAUAUGAUGACAAUCCCUGGAUAUGUUUAAUAGCUGAGUGACACGAAACCAGACCUAAAGCAAGUCCUGCAGUCCUUUAUCACACCUGAAGCAAAAACUGGUGCUUAUUAUUUUUGUAAUGAUGUCACACAACACACAAUUGAAAUACCUUAAUGGUACAAAAGAGGCACUAAACCAUAACCAUAAUGUUGUCAUACUUUCACACUGAGCUCGCUCAGGGCUUUGCAGGCUGGAGUCACUUUUUAUUGCUGAUUGUUGUGAAUGCUGCUUUGUCUGCCUUUUUCCUGCAUGGUGAACUUUGACCCCUCCUGCUCCCAGCCUCCGGCUAAGCUACACUCCACAUCUCCAACAACCGUUUCUGCACUGAGCCUGUGAUUUCACUGAGAUCUAUUUGACAAAUUCAUGACAAGAAAUCAAGCAAACCGGCAAGCUCUUCAACAACGUCAGAGUUUGUUUUCAGGGUUUCAUUGACUGAAAGAUGUCGUGUUCAUGACCAAAGUGAGAAUUUAGUCUGCUCGCCCUCUAGCAGCUGAUCUCUGAGGCUCUGACUGCUGAGUCAGCAGUCAGAAUCAGCUGAACAAAAGACUCCCAUAAUGUGAGGUGAGCGUGUAAAGGACGUGAUUAGCGAUGCCUUUCUUUGUUGUACAUCCUGAUUUUGUCACACAACAGUCUUAUUAUGAUGCCUGAUGUUUCUGCUUGUCAAGUGUGUGCAAACACUAAGCAUGUGUGAGUUUGUGUAAGAAGCCACAGAUGGUGAAUUGAUUUUGAGUGUGUUAUAGCAGACUGCGUUAAACCUGUUCAUGUAUAAGGCGUGAUGACCCUGUGUUGUUCUUUCAGGUCCUCCAUAAGACGUUUCCUCAGCACACUUUCCUGAUGAACGGCCUGGUUCAGGGCGUGAAGGUAAGAUUUCCAUCACAGCACCAUAACUGCAUACACAGAAUUGAAUAGUUUCCAAAUCAUUUCAAGCUAAUAUUAAAUUGAAAGGAGUCACAUCUUCUCUAAACAACACUGUGAAUGUUUUGGGAUAAAGGAGACCAGUUUGAGGAGUGUAAAAUAAAUUCUAAAAAAUCUGUAGCUCAAGUGAAAUACAUGUAAAGUCGAAGAAAGACAUGACUAGAUGCGCGUCUGGUAGCGUGAAUUGAGCAGACCAUUCUCGUAAAUAAUGCGAAUUCGUGUUGCGUCCAAUGCACUACUUUCUUCAAACGCCUAUGAAAAUAUCUCAACUCAAGCGAAUGUUCGCUGCAAUAACCAAUCAGCAUGGAGAUACCCCGGUGAUGUAUGUCAAAAACAGACCGACUUAGAUUCACUCAUGAGGAAAAUGGAGGAUUAACCGAUGGUGACGCUAUGAAACUACCUAGCUGGAGGAUAAAAAAGACCUCAGCUGGAGAGAAGAGAGUGAGGAGGUCUGAUUAUCUGCAAAGUUAUUUAAACACAACAGAUCCUCACAGUGUGAUAAACCUCUGCUAUCAUUGAUGUACACAGUCUGACCUGACAUGUAGGCGCCCCUCCUCUCUUUCUCUCCUCUCCCACUGUCACGUGUGUUUGGACCCCAUACAAACACACAAAUUGAGUGAGUUAGUCUCAUGAAUCAAGCGAGUAAAUACGCAACAUUUUAGCCAGUUAAGCGAGUAGAGGAUUUUACUGGCGCUAGAUGUAAACACAAACUGAUGAUCCCCUGAUGUUUUGGAUUCCUCAGCUAACUGACACCUCAUCUUAGAGCUUUUCUUGGUAGCCUUCUCAAAUAAUAAAAGCUGAGGGCCACGUGCAAUUUAAUCUCUAUACCAAAAUAACAGGUUCACAUGUCCUUAAUAAAAACUUCUGAAUACAACAGUUAUGAUGACACUGGACUGUGAUCUCAAACACUCAAAACCUUGGUCUGUGUUCCCGUCCAGGGCUUCCUGUCGUUUUUGUCCGCUCCUCUGAUUGGUGCUCUGUCAGACAUCUGGGGUAGGAAGUCCUUCCUCCUCAUGACAGUCUUCUUCACCUGCGCCCCCAUCCCCUUCAUGAAGAUCAGCCCAUGGUGAGUCGAACACUGUGUGUGUCUGUGAAGGACAGUUGAUAUAUCCAAAAAAAAAAACACACCUCUAUUCUCUUGAGACUUCUGAGCCUGGAUUGUGAGGCUUCAUGGUCUCACUCUAGUUGUCCAGGAUCUUUGAGGGAAAGGAUCUCUUGUUUUUCUCAGGGAAGUAGCCUUGGUGUAAGUGCUGCUGGUGAAGGGCACUCAGGCUCUUUUUUUUCGUGAUUCAGAUCAUUUAGCUCUGCAAGAACCAACCUUGUCUGCUCCCUGACGGCUCUGUGAGGACGAUUUUUAGAGCCGAGUCCUUCAUGGUCGGCACUUACUCGCCAUCUCAGCGAAGCUGCAUUACUGCAGAGAAGCAGAACUGAUGAGGCAAAACUGAUCAUGUCGGAGAGAACUGAAGCAGAUGUCAAAGCUUUUGAUAAUGAUUUCCAAACAAUUGCCUAUGUUGAUAGUCAAUAUGAACUAAGUAAAGCUGAUUAUUAACUAUUUAUAGACAAACAGAUCUGUGUCAAAAUAUUUAUCCACCCUUAAUCACCAAAUGUUCUUACCGUGACAGCCCUGCCCACAACGAUUGUAAAAAGAUUCAUACCAUCAGAACAGGUUUUCAUGAAAACCCAACACUGCUCAUGUCUCUGUCUGAGUGGUUCGUCUGCUGUGUACUGUGGACUAGAUUGGAACUUGAUUUAACAAUCCUUAUCUUUAUUAAACAAAAAAGGCAAAAGUUUGAAAGUCAAACUUCACUUGCAAAAAAGCCCCAAAACUAGAUGAUAAAUCUGACCAGGUGCCUGUUCUGGUUAAAUGUGUGAGCUGUCUCAGUUUAACUGACAGAAUUGAAGGAUGAAGUUAGUGAAGACUUCUUGAUAUGAGUAGGUUUAGACAGAUGCAUCACUUGUAUGUCUCCAAGUUGAAAUCAGAUUGAUGUUGUUAUUUCCCUGUAAACGUAGAACAAAAAGGAUGAACUUUAGAGUAAAUUUCUGUGGAGGCUUUCCCAUCACCCCCUUUUAUAAUCUAGAUUUCUUUAGGACUAAUAUUAGACCACUUCUCCUCAGCACAGGUUCAACAAACCUCCAGAACCAUUUCCCUGAAAUGCUGCCUAAAAUAUUUAGUUUUAACACGCUGCUCUUUUCUAGUUUUUGGCCUGUACGCUGUGUUUUCCCAUGUCUCUGCUGCUGCUGCUGCUGCUGCUGCUAGUCACAUGCUUUUGAAGGCUGUUAGAUGACCACUCAGAGUUGGUGGAGUUGGAACAGGCUCUGCUGCAGCUUUUUGGAGUUUAAACCGUCACAUGUUGUUCAUGUGAGCGGGCGAGCAUCAGCAUGAAUGCUGCAGAGCUGAAACAGCCCCCCUCCUCUCCUGCUGCUCUCUCUUAGUCCUAUUGAAUUUCAGUAUUCACAUGGUUCUAAUGCAGAGGGCACAAAGUACAAGCUACUGCUUUAAAAAGAGAGCGUUCAAGAAUAAAAGCAAAGGUCUGAAAUAUUCUAUUCUUUAUAUUCUAAAGGCAUGAAACAGAUCAUUUUGUCCCGAUAUAAGCAGCUAUAAAAACACCCCAAAAACAGUAAAAAAUGAGAGUCAAACCUUACAGUAUGCUAAGGCCAUGCAACGGAUUUCUAUCUGCCUCUGCAUCUGGUGAUCACUAAAUAAUCUGUCAGCAGAUCCAACGCUGACUGAUGCUGAUACUCUGUUGGGUAUCCUGACUAUACCAACAGUCAAGUUUAAGGACACGCAGAGGUCAUGAGAGCGCAGGCAGCAGGAGUACAGGAGAAAGAACAACAACAUCUAAAUGUAAAUUCAUCCAGAGGUCAAACUAACCUGCUUCAGAAGAAACCAAGAUGAAAAUGUUUGAAUCUGUUUGUUACAGCAACUGUGAUAAAUACUAAGAUCGUUUUGUUCGAAUUGGAGGACCUUUUUUUUACUUAUUUUUGAUGCACUUUGGUUAUUUGUAAACCAUGUAAGUCUCUCUAAAACGUCUCAUUCUCCAGCCUAAAUAGGAUGUAUUUUUGAGCUGGUGUUUCUGUCUGUCUGUGUGUGCAGGUGGUAUUUCGCUCUGAUCUCAGUCUCAGGGAUUUUCGCUGUGACCUUCUCGGUGAUCUUCGCCUACGUCGCCGACAUAACAGAGGAGCACGAGAGGAGCACAGCCUACGGACUGGUAACUAUGCUGCUCAUUCAGAAAUAGAAAAAAGAGACUUCAGCUUUCACAGAGCAACAAAAACUAAACCAGUCUGGUGUUGUAAUGUGAUAAAGGCUGUCCUGAUCGUGCAGGACUUCCAGAGCACGGACUUACAGUAAAGGCUGAUUGUGUGUGUUCAUAAUGGAGGUCCUGCUCUCUGCUCUCAGAGCUCUUUCACUGUGUUUCCUGUCAUUAUGGAGGUCUACAGUGGACCAGGGUCACAGGCAGGACAGGAAGGACUGUUACAGAUGGACUCUUUGAGUUGUCUGAGUGCUUUAUAUUUGCUUUUAAAGACAUUGAUCAUGUCAACAGAUUAAUUAAAUCAGAGCUGCUGCAGUGCGUUCUGGGCUUUUCCUGGCUCUGUUAGAGUUUGUUUUUUGAUACAAAGGCAUCUCUGUGUUUCUGACUCCUACUGACUGACACAUGCCGUUUAAUCGCCACCUAAAAUGUAACCUGCUAUGGUUUGUUAAUCUUUGUGGUUUCAAACAGGCACACGGGUCAUGUGACCACAGCAUGUGACCACCAACAGCUUCACAUUGUUCUAUGAAUAAAAAAAAUCAAAGAGGCAGAGCUGCUUUGAGUUAAUACAGUAAUACACUUUGUUAGCAUCAUUAAACACCCACAGACACACACAGCAGCAGUGAGCAGUCUCUGAGCGUGCACAAAUCAGCUGUUCAGAGACUCAAAUAUGAUGAUCAAAUCAGAAACAUCCUAUUUAUUAAGAGCUGCAGAAAAAAACACAAGGGAAGAAAGUAAACUAAAAAAGAAUAACAACAGAUAUACUAAUUUACACUGGUUAUUUAAAUGACAAGGAUCUGUGUCUGCUGGGCUAGACGAGGGUGACCAUAUUCUGAAUCACCCAAAAGGGGACAACACCAUGUGGGGUGGAGUGACGUGCAAAAUUUGGAGGGUUUUUUCGGGUAGGGUUGAGUGUUGUUUAUACGCUUCUAACUCAGUUAGUCCAUGCUACACAAACUCAAAACUUCCAUACAAAACCCCGGACAUUUGAUGGAUUUUAUAAAUUCGCCCGCACAGGCCAGACAGCCUACAAAAAAGAGAACAUGUCCAGGUAAAAGAGGACAUAUGUUAACCCUAGGCUAGACAAGCAUUUGUAUUUGUUUAACGUAGCAGUAAAGAGAGAGAUCAUACGGGUUUUCUGCGAAAAGGAAAUCUCUCCAGCAUGAUUUCUCUCUCAGAAGGACCAGGAUGCACUGCAGCACUGCAACCUGCUGCUUUUUUUACACCUUCAUUCACGGGAUGUUUAAUUACUGGUCCCAAAAGAGUCCAUGCUCCCUUCUGAUGUUCAUAAUCUGGUUUAUUUCUACAUGGAAAAUGUCUAAAUGAGCAGCACUGAAGGAUUGACUCAUGGUGGUAAUGAACACAUUUGAAUUAACUCUAUAAUCAACAGCAGACAGUCAUGGUAAUAACGACAACUGAAAGUUAUUCAUAUAUGAAUAAGACUGUUUGUCAAGUAUAUCAGAGUUGGAAAUGAGCUUGUUUGUCCACGUGCCUCUGUGGCUGGUGGACUCUGAAAUCUAGCAGUCGCUUUAUUUUCUCUGAUGGCCCUCUGUUGCUUUAAAAAGACUUUUAUUGAAAGUCUCCUUACCUGCUGGUUUCACAGCCUCACAGUCAAAGGCAGAAAUGGUCUUAGCCUAAGAAGAAUAGAAUAAAAUAUUCCUUUAUUGACCCCCCAUGGGGAUCACAGCAGCAUCACAGACAAAUAGUGCAAAAAUGCAGUUAUAAAAAUAAAGAUCGUAUAUUAAGAACUUAAAUAAAUGUUCUAAUUAAGAAAAAAAUUAGGAAAGGAAAAGGGAGAAGAAAGUAAAACUAUCUACAAUAUACACAAUCUAAAUGCCAGAAAAAAGUGGUGGUGUGAGUCCAGUUAUUAUUACAGUUCGUUGUAAAGUCUUAUUGCAGAAGGGAGGAUUGACCUGCGGUAGCGCUCCGUCUUGCAAGGUGGGAGUCUCAGUCUGCUGCUGAAGGAGCUGCUUAAGGCCCCCACAGUCUGGUGCAGUGGGUGAGAGGGAUUGUCAGUUCUGAAGCCUCACAAACUGUGGUCUGUCGGUGAGGUAGUCCACAGUCCAUGUGGCUAGGUGACAGUCCACUCCCACCCUCUCGAGCUUCCCCCUGAGCAGUGAAGGCUGGAUGGUGUUAAAAGCACUGGAGAAGUCAAAAAACAUGACCCUCACAGUGCUGCCAGUGUUCUCCAAGUGAGCCAUGGACCUCUGCAGCAGGUAGAUGACUGCGUCGUCCACUUCGAUGUUUGGCUGGUACGCAGACUGCAGAGGAUCCAGAUGAGAGCUCACCAGGAGGCGGAGGUUCCUCAGCACGAAGUGUUUUUAAAGCUGUUCUAAGAUGUGAAGAAAAGACUUUAAUUUCUGUUGACACCAGUUGUGUCUCCAAUACUGAGAGUAUUUUACCUUCAUCUGUCUGGACAUUGUAUCACCUAAAUCAAGAAAAACCAUUCGCUCUUCCAUAUCUAUUGACUGUCGCCUGUUUUUUCAGGUCUCUGCAACCUUCGCAGCUAGUCUGGUGACAAGCCCGGCCAUCGGGGACUUUCUGUCUGCAAAGUAUGGAGACAGCCUGGUGGUCCUUGUUGCCACGGUGGUCGCAGUGGUAGACAUCGCCUUCGUGUUCUUUGUCGUCCCAGAGUCGCUGCCAGACAAGAUGCGGCUGACAUCCUGGGGCUUUCCCAUCUCCUGGGAGCAGGCCGACCCCUUCGCUGUGAGUUGACAAGAUUUGAGCUGCAGAACAUGACAGAAAGGGGUCAGAGGUCAGCAGCUAUUUGUUUAGAGCUGACCUCGUCACAUAGCAGAUCAAAGGAAGACAAACCCCAAAAGGAAAACCAUUUCAGUGUUUGGACGUAUUUGAUAGAGCCAUCUUUUCGAACAGUUUUUAUGAUUCUCUCUCUGUUAUAAUCCUUUUUUGAAGAUUUGACAUCAUUUACACUGCAGAUCACAUGCAAUAGCACUGAAUCAGCUUUGACUGUUUAAACAAAUACAGCCCUUGUUUUUACAGCCUCCACUCUUUGGUUUGUGGACCAGAGAGCAGAGCUCUAGAGAAGUUAAAGGGUAGUGAGGUGUCCAGUAGGUGUCAGCUGAUCAGCCAAUUGAUUGACGUCAUAUUGAUAAAAGCCUUUUUAUCCCUGAUUGGUUUCUUUGUGUUCAGUCUCUGCGUCGUGUGGGGAAAGACAGCACAGUGCUGCUGAUCUGUGUCACAGUGUUCCUGUCCUACCUGCCCGAGGCUGGACAGUACUCCAGCUUCUUCCUCUACCUGAGACAGGUAACACACACACACACACACACACACACAGAUACAGUUAGGGGUGUGAGCUGUGUUCUCAUCUUAAGUCAUGGUAGAGAACCAAUCUCCUGUAGAUGUCCUUCCUCAUUAACAUCACUAACGACACACUUUAAAGUCUGACAGUGGAUCCAUCUAUAGUUUUAUAUCUUUAUCUAUACUCCUCUCAGCUGAGCUCACCUACACUACAAGUAGCUGGCGGGAUGGCGAGAACAAAUAGUACUAGUCAGGGCUACACAUCUGCAUAUGAACAGCACAUUGCUGAACACCAUGAAAGCCUCUGUGCAGGAACUCUAUGUCAACCUUUUCUGUGGAAACCCUCCAAAAAUGGACCCCGUCUUAUGUCCUACUCUUCUAACUGUGUUUACUACCGUUCUUGUUUCCAGGAGUUUCUGCCUUUGGUGAAAACUUGUGUUUUUGUGUGUGAACACAGAGCAGCCCUGAUGUGUUUUUAUUUUUUAUUUUGUUUUCCUCCCUCUGUGUUUCAGGUUAUUGAGUUCUCGCCUGCAGCCAUCGCCGGCUUCAUCGCCAUGGUGGGAAUCCUCUCUAUAGUCGCUCAGGUACUCAAACAACAUGCUGACAUGAUCAUGCAGGAAAGCUUUGCAUAUAGCGUUCUACAGGAACUAGCCAAACGUGAAGUUACGGAGAGUGAAUCAAGAGCCUCCUAGAAAAUCCGAUGGAAGCCUGAAAGACAAUCUAGUGACAGAUUUUUCCAGAGCUGAGAAAAACAAGAAGAGCUCAAAUGGAAAAAAAAAAGAUGACAAAAUAAAACACAAAGUAAAAAAAAAAGGAAUUAACUGCCAAGAAACAAAGAUGCCUAAAGGUUAUGAGCGAGAGAAGUCAUCUGAGGAGAAAUGAUGGAUUUACAUAGUGGAUACUGAGACUGUUCUCUAACCUCGCUUUAUCUCUCUCUCUCUUUCUCUCUGUUAGACUCUGUUCCUCAGUGUUUUAAUGAGGACCAUCGGUAACAAGAACACAGUUCUCAUGGGUCUGAGCUUUCAGCUCUUCCAGCUGGCCUGGUACAGCUUCGGCUCUGAGCCAUGGUGUGUACAUCCUCAGUUUUGUUCAUGUCUUGGUUUGUUUUUCUGUCCCGCUCCCUAAAGCUCAGUCUCUGUUUGUUUCAGGAUGAUGUGGGCAGCAGGAACAGUAGCAGCCAUGUCCUCCAUCACAUUCCCAGCAAUCUCUGCUCUGGUCUCACACAGUGCAGCACCUGACCAGCAAGGUCUGUCCACCUGUCCCUCUUAAAGUCUGUCUGUACAUCUGUUUUAACAGCCUUUCUGACAGGGCUGCUUCAUUAAGGCUUUUUUGUCUUCAGGUGUGGCCCAGGGGAUGAUCACAGGUAUCAGAGGUCUGUGUAACGGUUUGGGUCCGGCUCUUUACGGCUUCAUCUUCUUUGUCUUUCACGUGGAGCUGGACCCAGUGUCUGAAGGAACCACACCAAACACAGAGGUGUAAAUACACACACACACACACACUUUCAGACAUGUCUCUCUUGUGUUGGAUCAGGUGUCUGAACCUGUAAAGGUCCUUACACACCAGCGAAUUUGCGGAGCGAAGCAAAAAAGCGAGACGAAAAUGCGAAAAUAUUCGCUGGUCCGAAAAAUCGCUUUCGCCUAUACACACCGGGCGCAAAGUGAAUAUGCGUAUAAAUUUUGCAAAGCGAAUUAAUAAAUAUAUAUUGUCUUUGGCGCAAGUUCUUUUGCACCACGGAGGAGAGGAGAACAAAGAAAUGGAGUCAACAACAUCAAAUGAUGAUGAGCUCGAUGUGAUGCUUUUGGCAAAAAAAAGAAGACAGAAGAAUAAACAAAGGAGUGUUUGGGUACAUCCCAUAUUGACUUUGAGGAAGGAGAUGGGUGAGUAGUGCAGUAGUAACUGCAGCCGCAUGGGUCUGUGACGUCAUCAACAACAUGACUUUUGAUUGGCCAGAGGUUUAGCAGGUCCAGAUAUUCGCCUGCGAAUCUCCGAAAAAUUCGACACGAGCGAAAAAAUAAAAGACGCUUUUCCCCCUGCGGAAAAAUCGCCGCCGGUGUGGAGGCUUGCAUUGACUUUAAGCUGUUUUAAAAAAAAAGGCGAAUGAUUCGCCUUGUGAAUUCGCGCCUGGUGUGUAAGGACCUUAAGAGUCAUCGGUUUCAAAGAGACAAUAAUUUCACAUUACACACACUGUUUUUGGGGAUGAGAGUAUUUUCUGUGACCAAUCAAUGGAUAUUUGAAGGAUCAAUUAUUGAUUACUUAUUGAAGGAAAAAAAUACUUUUCCUGUAACAUAAACAAAACCAAGUGCAUUUUUGUUUUUAACUUGCAGGUUGAAUCUGCUACCAAGAAAGAGUCUUCUACAGCACAAAAUUAGUGUUUUAUACCUAUCCAACUAAAUGUCGAGUCAUUGUGUGCUGUUAGACAAAAAAAAACCCUCCAUUACAACAAUUUUAACUUUAAACCACCCCAAUAACUACUUUUCUUUCAGUGUUGUGUAAAGGAACAACACGUCUGUACAGGUUCAUGUUAGAAGAACUUGACUUUAGACUGGUCCAAAAUCAGUCACCUUCAGAAACCCGGCUCCAGACUCUAUCACCCAGCCUUACAUGGAGCAUAUUUAGUGAACUGAACAACUGUUUUUAAGAGGACUCUUCUCUUUUUUUUUCUGUCAAGUACUCAGAUAAACUCUUAGAGUCUGUAUUGAUGUUCAUAUUGUGUUGAUUUUUGAUAUUUUUAUUUAUUAUUGGAUCGUUUGUUUGGUCACAACACAUCGUAUAAUCUUCUGUCUCUCUGUGUAGAAGCUGAUGGUCCCCGGACCUCCCUUCCUGUUUGGUGCAUGCGCAGUCUUGUUCGCCCUCCUGGUCGCCGUCUUUAUCCCAGACCACCACCAGCUGGGUGACACCAAGAACUCCUCCACCUGCAAGUCCACCUCUUCCAUCGCACAUGCUCAGAACAGCAGCCCUCUGGCUACAUCCCCCAGUGAUGCAGAGGACAUUGAGCCUCUUCUGCAGGACAGCAGCUUGUGACUGACAGACAGCUCAGCCAAUGACAGCGCUGCCAGUCUCACCCCCCCUUUAGAAAACACGGCCUUUUAUUUUUUUAUGUCUUCAGACCCUGGUGAAAUGAAAGAAUCAGGCGGACGGCGAUCACACUGACAAGCUUUAUUUCUUCACAUGAUGGAUUAUAUUUAAUCUCUCUGAUGAAUUCACUGAUAAUUUAGCAGCUAAAUGUUUCACUUGGUCCACGUCUGUCACGCCCCCUGCUGGUGUGAGACACACAUAAGAUAUUAACACAUUAAUAUUGUUUGAAUGAGAUAACAGUCAGUCCCAAUUCAGGCCUCCUUAAGACACACCUGGUGUUACCUGUGUGUGUGUCUGAGCAAGUGUAACCAAAGGGCUUUGAACCCACAGUGGGACGUACCUCAGCAGCCGGCAGGAUGGAGGCUAUCAUAGUCAGAGAGUAAACAUUAAAUGACACAUAAGAGGGCCUGAAAACCUGCACUUUAGACCUGUUUCUUAUCGCUGAAAAGAACCGUGUUUUUUUCAGGGACUUUUGGUAUCAGUACAAACUAAUCAUCAAUAAUAGUUCAUAUUUUACCGCCAAUGAUUGGUUUAAAGGUGGGAAAGAACUUGUCUGAUCGUUGGAGUUUCAGUCGUUCUAGUUGUCGUGUAGCAGACAGUUUUUAUUAAGUAAAGAUAACGUUUUUGUUUUUUUUUCCAGUCAUACAUUUCACUGCUUUAGGACUAUUUUUUGGUAUUUCUGAUUGGACAGCAGAAUAGAAAGAGAACUGGCUGAAGCACGUCUGCUCUGAUUUAGUUUUGAUGAAUCUUUUUCUAUUGAAGAUUUUCGAUCAGCUGACAGAUUCUGAAACCGAACUUCAGUGGAUUUUUUCCCCCAGCUGUCAGUCUGUUUGCUGCCUAAACACUCCAGAGUCUGUUUGCCUUUCCGCUCUGCGUCUGUCACCCCAAACACCCCCCAGUAAAUCUGCAGAAGUCAGAAAACAAACAAAUAAGGCCUGCAGUGACUGUGGGGAGGAGGCAGAGGUCCCUGAACUCCAGACUCAGAAACCCCCUCACCACGAUGGACAUUUGGCAUUUUGAGAUGUCACAAAGAAGAGGUGAUUCAUGGGAGUGGGCAUCCUGCAGGGGGCAGCAAAGCUGUGUAUGUAUCAUCUCCACAGCCGACUUCAGAUGUCUGCUGGAUGACUGUUACUGUGACAGACCAAGCACGGCUUACUCACACUGAGCAUGUGCAGACCCUGAUUGGAAGAAGGAUGACCGAAGUGUGUAAAAGCAAAAACACUCUGAGACAUAUUUAGGAAAGUAACUCAAACAGUCUGAAGUGGGUUUAGGUUUUUCUCUCUGUGGAGCUGGAUGGUGUCAUGGAGGGUAGAAAUCUCAUCAGUUUACGAACUCCUGCUACAGGUUUGACAUAAUUUCAUGUGGGAUUCCUCCUCACCCUCCUCUUGUGCCUGAUCUCCUCACUUGCUCUGAGGCUUUCUUUGUUUUUAAUGACAAAAGUUUUGAAAAGGUUUCUGCAGAGAUGGUCCCCUCUGCAGGUAGCACACUAAAGCUAAAAUGAGACCCCAGAAUGGAGUCAACCUGAUCUGCCAUGGAUGAUUUUGACCCAUUUGGAUUGACAGAUACAGACUAUUCAGGGCCAAUUCCUGGUUCAUGUAGUUCAUGACACCAAUAAAUAGGACCAACAGGCAUUUACAGUAAAAAUGAAAAUCUGUCUGUUAAAGUUGAGACUGUAGACCUGUCAUUCAAAAAAAAACUACACUCUUUUUUCUGGUCCUGCAUAGAUUAACCAGAUUAAUCAGCACUUAGAUUACAGUAGUUGUGAGUGAACAUCAAGUCAAUUCAAUUGAUGUGUGAAAACAGACCUAUAGGAGAGUGGAGCCAGAGACGCUCAUUUUUUAAUCAAUCAAGUAGAUCUGUGAUCAGUGAAAUAAAACGCUGACAGAUAAUCGGCUAAAUCCCAAACACCAGCCCUCGAUAACCAGCCAGGCUGACAGCUGGUCAACUGCACAUUUGUUUCUCCAACUAUAAUAUGGUCUGAAAACCUGUGGUGUAGUAAACGUACCACAGUACAGCACAUUAUAUUGGUGAAAGGGUCGAAGUGUGACAAGGACAUUUUUACUGGCACUGUGUUUUCUAUGUUUGAGUUAUAAAAGCAGCUGCCAUCUACGACAUCCCCACACUCCCGAUUGAAAACAGACUUUGAAUAUUAUUGCAGAGUUUCUAAAUCAGAAGUAGGUUAGUGUUUUCUUUAACUGUCAAAUCCGCCAGACUGAUUAUUUUUUCCUCCAUGACCCUCCUGGCUCCUCUCAGCUGAUCAGUCUCGGUCUCAGAUUCUUCUUCAUCAGUUCUUUUUGUUGAGUUUUAAUACUUGAAUAAGUGAGUCCAGAUGGUUCUUCUUGAGCUUUUGGACCUGAAAGUGCUACUCCCACCUAACCUGCAGAUCCAGGUGGGACAUAUCAAGCGCUCCCAGUUACUGACGUAGUUCGUUUAUGUGUUUUCAGUCGUCUGUGCAAUGAAAGCUGUUCUAUUGCUGUUUUUUAGUCCGUUUGAAAACCUCAAAACUUUGGAUCGCAGAGAUUUGAAUUCUCUGAUUCAGGCGAUUGAUAGGAACUGGAUCGUGCCAUGUUUUACUGUGUGUUACUAAUCUUUCCUCCUUAGGGGUCAAACUAUGCCAUCCCCAAAACCUCUGACCUUGCCCUCACAACACCACAGCCAGAGUGAAAUUUGAUAGUCACACCAAAGUUCAAAAGAAAUCUUACAGUCUCUGCGUUUCCCUCUGUGCUCCAGCACUCACAGCUACAAGAACACCUGAGAGUCCUGAUACUGAGGAAGAUGAUGGUGUGUAGCGUCAUGAAGCACAAUCAUGUAACAGCAGUCUUCAUCAUUUUUUAUUCACCUGGAGCUUCGUGUCUGCUCUUAAAUCGUAGCUACUGCCUGAUUUUUCCCAAGCUGCUGUUUCUAAAAGAUGUCAAAAAUAGAAAGUUGGAGCCACAGGAUGUUUUCUACAGACACUUUGAAGAUCCUACAGUGUUGUUGCUCAAUGCCAUGAACUACAUCUCAAAUUUCUUACACUUGGUCCUUCAGUGAUUCUGCUAAUUUCCCCAAAAAGCUCCUGGUAACACUUCAAACUGCUCCGUUUGUGCUCAGACUAUCAGAGCAAAGGAAUUUCUGAUACGUUCAUGUUUUAGAACAUUUUAUUUGAAGUUUCUACCAAUCAUACAGCACUCAAACUAAGAGAGCUAAAUAAGCUCUUAAAGACUGUUGUCCAUUUGGUUUAGUUCUAUCCAAAAUGUUCUUGUUUAUCAACAAGAAGAUUUGAAUGUUUAUUAGAUCCAGUUAUCAAUUAAGUGAUGAUUCAUAACUUAAUAAAAAAACAUCUCUCAAUAAAAAAAAAAGAUCCAGUUUUUAAUCAGUGACUCAGUGUAAACCCUGCUUGUGCACUGAAGAUCACUUUGAAUCACUCUGCUACUGCUUGAACUGAUGGAGCUUAUUAAAGUGUCUAUUGAAUUCUGGCUUAAGUGAAAUGGCUGAGUUCACGUUUGGAGUCUUAACUCCUCUUGACUUUUUUGUUUGUGCCAAUUUACUAGUCAGACAACUCCGCUUUUAUAGAUCCCUUUAGUCAAUCAUCGAUAUAGUCAAAACCCUCUUGUGCACCAAAGAGCCCCUGCUUGCACCUAAAGUUGCAUAAACAAGUGUCCAAUCAAAAAACUGACAGUAUCUGUUACAGGUCCUAAAGUUUUGUCUGUGUUCAUAUUUCAUUGGAAAAUGUUCUUGUGAGCCUCUCACUUCUUUUAGACUUUUUUCUUGAAUUCAUUUUGCAAUUUCUUUCAAAUUUCAAGAGCUGAUGAUGGUGGUGUCCCUCUGCCAAUCAGUAAUUCAGCACAUCUCCAGCUUUGGAGCAUAUCGUGUGUUUGUGUGUCCAGACCCUGUGACAUUAUCCCUGAAAAAACCUGCUGGUGCACACAGAAAAGCCCCUGCUUGCACUUAAGUUUUCUUGUCAAUGCCAAAGCUUAAAUAUUUAGCAAGUGCAAAGCCGCAGUCUGAUUACAAAAAGAGCUGAAGACUGAGGACAGAAUAUAUCUGUGUGAGUGCAAGUUCCAUUUUGAGCACAAGCAGAGCUCAUCGGAGCGCAGGCAGGGUCUGUUUGAGUGCAGGGCAGGGAUUUUUCCAGUGAAAUUUUGAAUGUUGUAGAGUAUCAAACAGAAGCAUCCUGAAAACUGACUGUCACAUGAAACUGUUAUGAAGACUUUUAUCCCAUUUUAAGAUGUUGAAACUGUGAUUUAAAAAUUUAACACAGGUCAGGAUGUCGAGUAGAACUUCACUUUGCUGUCAUCAAACUCAAAUCAAUUCAAGAACUCAAUAUUUAGUCCCCUGUAUUUUUUUCAGUGUGUCAAAGCAGAAUUAGAACAUGAGACUGUUACCAUGUUUCAUGCUACGCUUUUCUUGAGUUUGUGUCGGCACUGAUAUCAUAAGAAUUUAAAUAGAACUUACCUUUAAAUGCAGUAAAGCUGAUUAAAGCGACGACAUGGGCGCCUGUUCGGACUGACAGGGAACAAACCUGACAGUUUUCAACGUCUGCACUUGUUACUGAAUAUGAAUCAUCAGUUUACUGAGAGGACUUUUAGUUUGAUAGAUAAUUACAAAGUGUUAUUUCUGCAGGCUUAGUUUCCACCUCCCUCCCCUUUCUAUGUGUGUACGUGAUGCAGGACAUUUGCUGAUUUCUGCACUUUAAUUUCUCUGAACGUGUGCCUCGAAUCAUUCACGUCCAUAUCUGUUUUUAUAUAAAACAAAGAGACGCUGAAUGACGUCUAGAUGUUGUGUAUUUGCAGUUGCUUUCUUUUAUCCUAAGAACAUAAUUUUGAAUAUCUAUGAUAAUAAUGAUAAUAAUAAUAAAGAAAUGUAUGACAUUUAAAA